AUGUACUUCCCUCGCGUCAUCACCCUCUCCGUGCUCGCUGCCUUCGCAGGCACCGCGGUCGCCGCCCCUCUCGACGUCAGGCACCACAAGCACAAGGGCAACGCUGCCGACAACGCGGCUGCUGGCAACAGCACGGCGCUUGCCACUGACACCGCCGCGCUCGCAAACGCGACGGACACCGCGGCGGCGGCGCUUGCCACUGACACCGCUGCGCUCGCAAACGCGACGGACACCGCAGCCGCGGCGCUUGCUACCGCCACCGACGCGAGCUCGACCGACACCGCCGCGGCUUCGGACGUCACCAGCCUUGCCAGCUCCUCCAACUCCACGGACCUCACCGGCGCAGGCACCGCCAGCACGGUAACGGUGACCGUCACCGUCACCGCCGACGCGAGCUCGGCCACGGAUGCCGCCGCGCUAAGCAACUCGACGUCGACGGACACCGCUGCCGCCACGGACGUCACCGACACCGCGGCGCUCGACACAGCUGCGCUCGACACAGCUACCGACGCCGACGCCGACGCGACCGCUACCGACGCAGCCGCCGCCGGAGACGCUACGGCCACGGCCGUGGUCGUCACCGCUGACGCAACCGGCACGGGCGACGUCGCCGUCACCGCCGAUGCAACCAACACCGACGGCGCCGCCAUCGCGGACGCCACUGCCGUUUCCACCGGCUCCGGCUCCUCGACCGGCGGCAACGACAAGCAGAACAGCGCGAAGAAGGGCGGGAACAGCGGCAACUUCCGGCGAUUCGUCAACCGCCUGCCGCUCGACGUCUUCGCCUGAGUUCUAGUCGGAGAUAUGAGGUGGAGGAUACUUGCUAUGGGUAUCUAGAUGAUGUCAAGCUUGUGCAUACAUGUGUACGAUGUGGAUCUGCAAUGCAGUCGAAUUUGCUCUCAC